UAUAAUAUGAAUAGAAAACAAAAUAUAUUUCAUUACUUCAUAAUAUUAAUUUUGUUCCAACAAUGUUGUUAUGCGCUGACAUUGAAAUCAACCUAUGAGGAUUUUCAAAGUGAAGAUGCGCGGAAAAUUAUGCGUUUGGCCAAGUCUGCGGAAAUGCGAGCCUAUAUGCAAAGCGAUAUCGAUCCAUGCGAUAAUUUCUAUAAAUAUGCGUGCGGUAAUUGGGCCAAAUUGAAUCCCGCACGUAAAGAUCCCAGGACGGGUAUAUUCAGUGUCUUGUCGAAAGCAUUCAUUGGUAGAGCGCUGCGUAUUUUACAAAGCCCAAAACAUACCACCGAAAGUGACAUGGAACGUCAAGUGAAAUAUUUCUAUGAGUCGUGUUUGAAUAGGAAAGAAUUGCGUCACAAUUAUAAGGAAAAUCUACUCAGUAUUAUGGAGGAGUUUGGUGGCAUGCCAGCGUUAAAGGGUGAACAGUGGAAUGAAGAUAAAUUCAAUUGGUUAGAAGUUGUCGCAAAGAUACUACGCAAAUAUGGCAAAAAAAUCAUAAUUGGUGUGGACAUCUCACCGGAUUAUAUGAAUAACGAAGUGAAUCGUGUGUAUAUUGGACAAAAUGAUAAUUUGGUGACAAGUCGUGCAUCUGAGUAUUACGAUCGUUUAAGAAUUGUACGCAAGAUAGAACUGAGUCGUUUGUUUAACAUUAAAUCGGAUAUACUUUCAGAUACAGUAGAGGAAAUGAUUGAAUUUGAAAAAAAGUUAGCAUCUGGUAUGGUGGACCAACAGGAAGGUUUAGGUAUGGAAGAUAAAGUAAAUUUGCAAUUGUUGGAAGAAAUGACUGAAACCUAUAAACCUACCUUAAACUACACGCAUUUCGUUAAAACAUGGUUGGGUUAUGAAUAUCGCUUACCUGUUUAUGAAUAUGUAGAAUCAUAUCAUCGCAAUUUACGCAAAGUAAUUGAAAGUACGCCUAAGAAUGUGGUGGCUAAUUAUAUUAUGUGGGAACUAUUGACAGAUUUUCGUAUAGAUAUGGACGGCACAGAAGAGAAGCACCAGACAAAAUGUGUGGAAAUGACUAAGCGUUAUUUUGUAAAAUAUAUGGAUUACCUGGUAUAUCGUUAUGUGGUUAAAAGUAAUGAUAAAAUUGUCUCGGAUGUGGAACAAAUGUGGUUGGAAUUGAAGAAAACAUUUGAAAGUAUACUUAAAUCUGAUGCCACAAAAUGGAUGACGGAAAGUACACGUGAUAAAGCAUUGGAAAAACUUUCAGCUAUGACAAUGGAAAUAAAUAAUUAUGAACAAGAGAAUUUCGAUAAAGAUUUUGGUGAUCUGGCCAUUGGCACAGAUAAUUAUUUCGAAAAUGUUGUUAACAUACUUGAGCGACGUGGAUUGAAUUUUCGAUUAAAAGUGCAGGAACCACCAAAAAUCGAUGAACCAGAAGUACUUUCAUUUUCGCCAGCAUAUGUGCCAGAAUUAAAUAAAAUUUAUAUACCAGUCUCCUUUCUACAACCGCGUUACCUUUGGGAUAACGCCUAUCCAGCUGCAAUAAAAUACUCCACUGUGGGUUACAUUGUGGCACACGAGCUAGCGCAUGGUUUCGAUGAUAUUGUACGUAAAUACGAUUCAAAAGGCAAUUUCAAUAACUGGUGGGAUAAAAAUUCCACAGCGGCAUUUCAAACACGCAAGGAAUGCUUACGUCAGCAAUAUGGGGAAUAUAAAUACGGUGGUAUGCUGUUGGAAAAAAUUAACGCCCAAGAUGAGAAUAUAGCCGACAAUGUUGGUAUACGCAUUGCAUAUGCAGCAUACCAAAGUUGGUUACUGGAACAUGCUAAUUCAUUAGAAUUACACGAGGAAGCACUGCCUCAUAUGAAUUUGACCUCGCGACAAAUGUUCUUUGUCGGUACGGCGCAAGUGUGGUGUGCAGAUAUACAUCAAGAAUUUCAGCAUCUACUGACUACUGUAGAUGUCCAUGCACCAGAGGAAGUACGUGUUAUGUUAAUGUUAUCAAAUUUCGACCAAUUUUCGUUAGAGUUUAAGUGUCGCUUGGGCACACGAAUGCAUCCGUAUCGGAAAUGUGUGUUCUAUGGCUAGCUUUGUAGAUGAUAAAUAAUUUUGU